AUGUCAAACAAGCUCGAAGAGAUUUCUUUGGAGAAUUUUGAGAAAAAUCACCAAGCAGAUGCAAAUGGCAGAAGAAUUAUAAGAAGAGGUAAAGUGUUACAGCCUGUUCACUAUUCUACAUCAUUCAAAAUUACAAAAAAGAUUCGUCCUUAUCGAUUCGAUUGCUCUUUAAAGCAACAACAACAAAUGGGCGAUUUGGUUUCAGUAUAA